CGAGAGAGCCCCCGACAUUUCCCCCCCAAAGCCUCAAACUCAAAGCGCAGUACGACGAGCGUUGCAGCUCAGCCCUCAUGUUGGACCAGUAGGAAGUGAGCAGCAGCAUCAGCAUCUCCUCCAGACAUACAUGGGAUGACAUAACCGCAGGAGCAGCUAACGCUAUUCCGAACGCGUGGCUCGUACGCUCGCCUCCCUGCUGCGGUCGCCUGUCGCAUCUCGAUAAGAUCGUGCGUCUAAGUGGUCCGGCUCGUGUGGAGAUUUCGAGGCAAGUCGCUGCCAGCUAGCGCGAGCCUGCUGCUGCUGCCGCUGCUGCUCCCCUUCACUGAUCCAAGUGGCCACAUAAACAUGCGGAUCAUCGAGGCGGAGACCCCCGGGAUAUCUGCUGCCUGCAGGACACGAGUUUCCACCGACCGCUGACCGGACCACCACUGGGCCUGUGUGGAGGAGACAGAGCAACACACCCCAAGGACCAGAUCAACUGCUGAACUUUUUACCUCUUCACUAACCAAAAGGGACCAUGCUGACUAUCCUAGCUGCUGGGUCUGUGUUCUUUCCAGGACUCUUCCUCCUAUCCAAACAAUGCCUCAAGUCCAUCCCUUCACUGAGGUGGAGCGAAGGAGAUGCUGUUAUCGUGUCCGCCAGGUUGGUGUCUUCACUUCAGGCCGUCAUGGCUUCUUCAGCUGGCUACAUUAUUGCUUCUUCCUGCAACGACAUCAUCGAGGACCAGCACUGGCUGACGAGCACGUACAUUAUGUUUGCUGUCCCAUACUUCGUCUAUGACAUCUACGCAAUGUUCAUGUGCUAUUGGUACAAGCUGAGGGUCAAAGGGCACGAGGAGGCCUCUGCAGCGCCGCAACACAUGGGCUCGGCACUGAGGAGCUAUUUGCGUCGCGAGUUCCUCAUGGUUCUGCACCAUGUUGUCAUGGUCACUGUCUGCUUCCCUGUUUCUGUGUUUGUGCGACAAGGAAAAGGCGACUACUUCCAAGGUAUAAUGUUCAUGGCUGAGCUCAGCACGCCAUCUGUCUGCUUAGGAAAGAUUCUCAUCCAGUACAAACAGCAGCACACUCUCCUGCACAAAGUGAAUGGGGCUCUUAUGCUGAUCACUUUUUUCAUCUGUCGAGUCCUACUCUUCCCUUACCUCUACUACGUCUAUGGAAGGUAUGCUUCCAUUCCAUUCUACUUGGUCCCUCUGUCUGUGCCCUGGCACUGUAACCUGGGAGCUGCUCUGCUCAUGGCCCCCCAGCUCUACUGGUUCUCGCUCAUUUGCAGGGGAGCCCUGCGGCUCUUCCGAGGCUCCUCGCGCUCUCAGCAUGCCAGCACAUCCUCCGCCGCCAAAGAGUGCCAGAUUGAUGGCAACUCGUUGCCCCAACCUGCCAAUGGCUACAGCACACGCUCCCCAGAGACCGAGUUGGCCACUCACUGAGCUGGGUGGUG